AUGCAAUUGGGGCAGUUAGCCAAUUCCAUCAAUUUUCGUGGACAGGGUAAUUUGCCUAGUAAGACAGAGGUCAAUCCGAAGGAACAUUGCAAGGCAGUCACCUUGAGAAGUGGUAAGCAACUUGGUCAGGUAAGUGGUGAGACUAUAGUUGGUGAUAAAGUAGACUAUGAAGAGGUGAACAAGAAGGUCAGUGAAGAAGUUGAGGACCUAGCCAAGACACCAUCCCCACUACCACCAGUCGAACCUUAUGUUCCUCCCAUUCCUUUUCCUCAAAGGCUUAAGCAGAAUAAAAUUGAUCAACAGUUUGAGAAAUUUUUGAAAGUGUUUAGGCAGCUUCACAUUAAUAUUCCUUUUGCAGACGCCUUAGCACAAAUUCCUGCAUAUACAAAAUUUUUAAAGGAGAUCAUGUCUAAGAAGAGGAAAUUGGAAGAUUUCGAGACCAUUGCCUUGACGGAGGAAUGCAGUGCCAUUAUCCAGAAUAAGCUUCCACCAAAGCUAAGAGAUCCAGGGAGUUUUUCUAUUCCUUGUACUAUAGGUGAUGUUGAUUUUUCUAGAGCUUUGUGUGAUUUAGGUGCUAGUGUUUCACUAAUGCCUUUAUUUGUAUCUAGGAAGCUUGGAUUGAAGGAGUUAAAGCCUACUACCAUCUCUUUGCAGCUAGCUGAUCGAUCGGUCAAAUAUCCUUUGGGUAUUCUUGAGAAUGUGCUGAUCAAGGUAAAGAAGUUUAUCAUUCCAGUUGAUUUUAUUGUUUUGGAGAUGGAAGAAGACACCGAGAUCCCUAUCAUUUUAGGUCGGCCCUUUCUAGCCACAGCUGGAGCUAUCAUAGAUGUUAAGAAUGGUAGGUUGACUUUGAAGGUUGGUGAAGAAGAGGUAGAGUUUAAUUUAUUUGAAGCUACUAAAUAUCCUUCUUUUACUGAUCAUGUUUUUCGAGUUGAUGUUGUAGAUGAGUCGACUAGAGAGGUUUUUAGGGCUGAAAAUACUAAAGAACCUCUUGAGACUUGUUUAGUGAGUGCAGGGACAAGUAAAGAUGAUAAUCUAGAGGUUGCUAAAGUGGCGUGUGCAUUAGAGGCUACAUGUCCUAAGACAAAGAAGAGAGGUAUUUAUUUUGAGGAUAUCGGCAAAGGUAAGCCACCCCCUCCCCCUUCUAAUGUGAAAGCACCAGUUCUGGAGUUGAAGCCAUUACCCUCACAUCUCAGGUAUGCAUUUUUAGGUGAAAAUAAUACUUUACCUGUGAUUGUGAGUGUUUCUUUGUCUGAUGAGCAACUUGACAAAUUGAUACGUAUUUUGAGAUUGAGAAAAAAAGCCAUAGGAUGGACUAUAUCAGACCUUAGAGGAAUUAGCCCUUCAUUGUGUAUGCAUAGAAUUUUAAUGGAGGAUAACCAUAAACCUAUUGUUGAAAAUCAGAGACGAUUAAAUCCAAACAUGAAAGAAGUAGUUAGGGCUGAAGUUCUUAAAUGGUUAGAUGCAGGGAUUAUUUAUCCUAUAUCUGAUAGUUCAUGGAUUAGUCCAGUGCAGGUAGUACCUAAAAAGGGUGGGAUGACUGUGGUGCAUAAUGAAAAUAAUGAAUUAAUUCCCACUAGGACAGUAACUGGGUGGAGAGUCUGCAUAGAUUAUAGGAAACUUAAUAGUGUUACCCGUAAGGAUCAUUUUCCUUUACCUUUUCUUGAUCAGGUGCUUGAGAGACUUGCUGGGUAUGCGUAUUACUGUUUUUUAGAUGGUUAUUCAGGGUAUAACCAGAUUUCUAUAUCCCCCGAAGAUCAAGAAAAGACCACCUUCACUUGUCCUUAUGGUACUUUUGCAUUCCGUAGGAUGCCUUUUGGUUUGUGUAAUGCACCUGCUACAUUCCAACGUUGCAUGAUGGCUAUUUUCUCUGAUUUUGUUGAAAAGAUCAUGGAGGUUUUCAUGGAUGAUUUUUCUAUUUUUGGAUCUUCUUUUGAUAGUUGUUUAGAUAACUUAUCUCGAGUUUUGCAGCGCUGUGAGGAGACCAAUUUGGAUGUUGUGUUUGAUUUUGAUAAGGAUUGUUUGAAUGCUUUUAACAGGUUGAAGCAAGAGUUGGUGUCAGAACCAAUUAUGGCAGCCCCAGAUUGGAGUUUGCCUUUUGAGCUAAUGUGUGAUGCUAGUGAUUUCGCUUUGGGUUCCAAGGUAAUCGUAUAUACGGACCAUUCAGCAAUCAAGUACUUGCUGAAAAAGAAACAUGCCAAACCGCGCUUGAUUCGGUGGGUGCUGUUGCUUCAAGAAUUUGAUCUUGAGAUUCGAGACAAGAGAGGCAUGGAGAAUGUGGUGGCAGAUCACUUGUCUAGAUUAGAGGGGCAGUCAAGAGCAGAUGAGGUGCCUAUUAAUGAAAGCUUUCCAGAUGAGCAGUUGUUGGCAGUUUCAGUCAUCCCCUGGUAUGCUGAUUUGGUGAACUAUUUGGUGAGUGGCAUUGUUCCCCCUGAUUUGAGCUAUCAUCAGAAGAAAAAGUUUUUGUGGGAUGUGAAGCAUUAUUUUUGGGAAGAACCGCUACUCUAUAAACACUGUGCAGAUGGGAUGAUUAGAAGAUGUGUGCCCCAAGAUGAGAUGCAGGAUAUACUUGACCAUUGCCAUUCCUUGGAGUGUGGUGGACAUUUCAGUACCUCUAAGACAGUUGCAAAGGUAUGGCAAUCUGGUUUUUACUGGCCGACCAUGUAUCAAGAUACUAGACAGUAUGUGAGCAUGUGUGAUAGAUGUCAGGGUUGGCAACAUUUCAAGAAAGAAUGA